GUCAAAUUACACAACAAAAAGGCUAACAAAAUGGUGUUUGGCAGCCCAUAUUCUGACCAAUACCCUAAAGGGGUUUGGGAUAGCUUGAAGCGCAGCCGUCGUGGUAUGGAUGUUUUAUCCCCGUUGACAUCCUUUUUGAAUUCCACAAGGAUAUACAACCAUGUACUCAAAUACAGCAAGGGAUACUGGCUGUUCAGCAUUGCCGGAGGCUGUAUGAGUUGUUAUGCGGUAGGAAGUGUCUGCGAUUAUGUGUGGAGGAGAGUAAACAGAGGUCGCCUGUACAUUGAUUUGCCGUACCAGAGCCCAGAAGAAUAGUCGGCUAACAACACAAUACUUUAAUAUUUAUCGGAAAAUGC